AAGUGUGUCGCUGGUGGCUCAGUGCGGCCCAAGAGGGCCGUUGGGCUGUAGACGCCGUCGCACACAGCUGGUGGUCUUGGGCCUGUGGUAGUGCAGACACCUUAGCCUAGUGUUUCCCACUAGGAAAACUUGCCAGCUCAUCAGACUUGUUGAACUUGUACUUUGUGAUCUCUUGCUCCUUCAGCCCUUUUGAGGCAGGUGUGCUCUGCACCUGGGGGGUCACCUGCCUCUUGCUGGCUUCCUGUGGCUUCCUGUGACUCCCUGUCCCUGUGUUUCCUAGCCCGAAGGUGCCGCCCUGGUCCCCGCAUCGCUCUCCAGCUGCCCUGGCCCUCGUCCCUUCCCCUUGCUCCGCUGUCUGUUGACACCUGGUUUCUCUUGUAAUAAACAUCUGUCCCGACCCCCUCACUGCGUUCUGUUGAUCUCCCUGCAGCUUAGGGUACAGUGGGGAUUCCUCAGGGAGGUGCUGCUGCCUCCCCAGGAAAGAACAAUGGUGCCGUCACCAGUCCAGGGUCUCGCUUUGGCCAGCGCAGACAUUCCAACAGAAAAGGAGUUUACUAACUUAGGAGUGACUUCCUGCAGUGACCAGAUACUGUGGCCCUCUGCAGACACCACCUUCGGGGCCCUCCACACCUGGGAAAGUCCAGUAGGGUUCGUGAGCUGCUUGGUGCCUGCAGUCCUAACCCUGGAGGGACCUGGGAGCCACCAGGCCUGCUUCCUGGGACCCUGCAACUGCCCCCACCCGACCCUUGCUCACUCCGCCUGCCUCAGAGCGGCUGUUCUCGUCACAGGAUUCUCAGAGAGACGGGACACCGAGGCUGUAAGCAGGAAGCAGCGUUUAUUGAUGCCGGCACUGGCUCAGCAGAUUCUUAUCCAAAGGCUGGGCCCCGAUUGUAACAUAACAGGCAGCUUUAUACAGUCGUGUCAUUCCUACACAGCUACGGAGAUAAGGAAGAACAUUGGUUGGCAAGUGGUGAAUCAACAGGCAUGAGUGGAGAGUCCUUGAAGUGGGGGAGAGGGCGGUCAGGAGCCAGCUCGGUCACCAGGAAGAGGCCGGGCAGGGUUAGGCUACCACAUUCUCACAGGGUCGAGUCUGCCUCCCAGAAGGGUUCGUUGACAACGUCUAGGGACAUUCUUGGUUGUCACAGCGAGGGGAGGUGCUACUGGCACCUGAUGGGUGGGGGUUAGAGAAGCUGCUCGCCGGCCCCCAAGUGUGCAGGGAGGAGGGGCGAGUUCCCCUGAACUCAAGGGAAGGGCUAGAGAGGGUCGGACAGCGAAACCAGCAGGAACUGCCCGCAGGUGUCAGCAGCUGGAAGGCGAGGAGAGGCCGCUUUCGGGCGAAAUAAGCGCUUAGCGACAUGCCCGUUCAGGCCAAGGGGCCUGGCAGGGCCGGAUGCCGGGCCGGGUGCCGGGCCGGGUGUCCCCGAAGGGGCGGGGUGCAGAGGCUGGCGGAAAACAUGGUGAUUGGCUAGAACCCGCGCUCCCCCAGGCUCCUGCGGCAUGAGAAACCGGAGAGCGCCCCGCUUUCCACACGAAUCCAGCUGGGCGACACGGGGUGGCCGGGUACGACGAGGAUGAGGAACAGACAGAAAAGGCGCACGGGGUGCCUCCGCACGCGCCCGGAAACCCUAGGGACGGGAGCCGUCAUGUCCACUUUGCAGACGGGAAACUGAGGCUCAGAGAAGUCCCUGGACCGAGGUUCGCGGCCCGCGAGCGUGAGCGCUGGACCUCAGGCCGGACAGGCUGCUGUGCCGCCGAGCGCCCCGAGGUCGGGCCCUGUCCCACGGGGCGCAGACUCCAAGCUGAGGAGAGAAGGCGGAGGCAGGUAAGGAAUCCUGUUUCAUCGAUGUGAAAAAGACCCUCACAUUGCACAAGCCAUUCUUGCAAACCAAAUUAAGCUCUUUGAUGCCAGAGGAGGCUCAGAGCGCUGUGGGGGUGCCUGGAGGUGCCCGCCUGCGGCCUCUGAGGGCUCUGUGGGGUCUGAGGAAGAGGCUUUUCCUUUCUCAAACAUCUCGUUAAGAUCCACAGAGACCGUUCAUGCUCCAGCCGAGGAGGUCCGGUCUCUCGCCGUCCCCAGCGCCGGCGGCCCCCAGCCGUGGUCCUGGGCGUGCACAUCUUCAUCAGGCCUUGGGGACGAUGGCAGCCCUAGGGGAUGGUCAGGAGCCCCCUCGUGUCCCAUCCCCUGUCAGUCUCGAGUCCCUGAGGACACCUGGAGCCCACCACCACGAGGCCCAGCUCUACCUCCGCAGUCACCAACACGAUUCCGAGCUGGGGCCUGAGCAGGCUCUGUCCUUUCGCCACCUGCAGGAUCCUGGAGACGCGGUGGGCCAGGACGGCGGGGCGCUCAGGACCUUUCUGAGGAGUCUGCCCCGUAGGCGUGGGGUCGGCUUUGGGCAGGAGACCGGUUUGGAGCAGCCAGCAAGCCAGCUGCCGGUGGCCAUGUCCUGCCCCCAGAAGAGGGGUGCCUGGCGCAUGACACUUGUGCCACAGGGAGCCUCUGGGACCGAGGGUGACCCCGAGCUGGGGGACAGCUUCGGCCGCGGCUCUGGCCUCGGGGCCCAGCAGGGCGGCGCGCGGGGCGGGAAGCCCCACCGGUGCGAGGCCUGCGGCAAGAGCUUCAAGUACAACUCGCUGCUGCUGAAGCACCAGCGCAUCCACACGGGCGAGAAGCCCUACGCCUGCGCCGAGUGCGGCAAGCGCUUCCGCGGCUGGUCGGGCUUCAUCCAGCACCACCGCAUCCACACGGGCGAGAAGCCGUACGAGUGCGCCGAGUGCGGCCGCGCCUUCAGCCACAGCUCGCACUUCACGCAGCACCUGCGCACCCACAACGGCGAGAAGCCGUACGAGUGCGGCGAGUGCGGCCAGGCCUUCAGCCAGAGCUCCAACCUGGUGCGGCACCAGCGCCUGCACACGGGCGAGAAGCCGUACGCCUGCAGCCAGUGCGGCAAGGCCUUCAUCUGGAGCUCCGUGCUCAUCGAGCACCAGCGCAUCCACACCGGCGAGAAGCCCUACGAGUGCGCCGACUGCGGCCGCGCCUUCCGCGGCCGCUCGCACUUCUUCCGGCACCUGCGGGCGCACACGGGCGAGAAGCCGUUCAGCUGCGGCGCCUGCGGCAAGGCCUUCGGCCAGAGCUCGCAGCUCAUCCAGCACCAGCGGGUCCACUACCGGGAGUAGCAGGCGCAGGCGCAGAGGCGAGGUCGGGCCUGGAGAGGACGCGGGUCGCAGCCAGGCCUCGGGCAGGACGUGCAGAGAGCGGGCGCGGUUGGCACAGCCGGCACCCCAAGCCGAGUGUGAAUAAAUUCUUUUUAGUUUAGUUGUUGAAAA